AGGUGUUGAACUUUCUCAAUAUGAGUUCUAGUACUAAUGCAGCCGACGACGGAGCUCAGCAUGUUUGGCGAACAAAUGCUGGCAACUACUACCAUGUGUUAGACCUGGUCAUCACCGAUCCAGAGGUGACACUGAGAGCCCGUAAAGUCAUCCGCGCCACAUUCCUCAUCUUUCUCACCCUAUGCGCCCGUGCUGCCCUCCUCUUAGCUGACGGUGAGCCGCUAAUGCAGACUCUUGUUGGGAUAGCAUUUGUAGCAGUGAUUCCAGCAUUUGGAUAUUGGGGGGCAAAGAAAGCGUCGCCGACGUUAAUGAGCCUGUUCUGUCUGCUGAUGCUGAUUCACGCAUCACACGCGACGGCUCUAUUGAUAUACGUCCUAGUCGCUGCCUUCACAGACGGAUGCAUAGAUGAGGAGGAUCCGAGCCGUCCUGGGAUGACGAUUUGUCGGAAAAUAGAUUGGAAUUGGAUGUUCACCAUUGCGGUCGUUCUCCUCGCAGUAUGGGCAGUGCUGGCCUUCUACGCUUCUUAUCAAGGAUACAAGCUCUUUGUGAAGUUGGCCAGCGGUGACCAGGUUGCCACUACGCAAGAGGGGACAUCAUCAGCUUAUGAGAUGGAUCAGAAGGAUGGGGAAGUCACAUACGGCAAGCCGGUAUCAGAGAGUACCACACCUGUCUCAAAUGACGAUAUCGAGAUGGGCAAGGCCCAACAGCCUAGCCGCCGUCAUGGCUCGUCGACUUCGCUUGACAGUGGUGUACUUUGAGUGUAGUCCUGAUGAGCAUGCACUGUGUUACGGGUGUCGCCUUGGUAUGAAAUAGUGAGAUAAACUCCGCCUGGCUUGUCGUCUUCGAUCGGCUUAUGUGUAUAUAACUGUGCUUGUUCGGUUGCACUCCCCCCUGAUAGGUUUUGAGUGAAAACUGAGUGGAU